AUGACGGAGUUGUACACUGCAAUGAGGGUGUACUUUGCAAAGCUGGCAGAGGUUUUCAAGUGUCCGGUUUUUGCAUUGGGCGCUUCUCCUCCAGGGAAGUGGGAAGGAGGCAGGACAAAAUUUUUGCGGGAUCGGUAUGGGAAUCCGGUGUUUCCUUUGAUGGAGGAAGAUGGAUCUGCCGUGUCAAUGGAGUCCAGAUUGGAAGCGGCAAAUAUGUGUCAGAGGGUGUUGGCAAAAAUGUUGGAAAAUGAUGUUGGUGGCGUUAUCGGAAAGCAUAUACGUGCCCUGGAUGUGGCGAUUUUGUUUGCUGUGACAAUAACGGCGGGUGAUCCUUUGAAGGAGACUUUGUUGUGUCCUGGACAAGGACCCAUGUGGAAGGAUGAUGGGACGGCGGUGGAGGGCAAGCCGCCAAAUUCAAACCACAGGCAUUUUGUUUGUCAAAGUUAUCGUCCAUGUGAGUUGCUGUUGGAUGGUGGGUAUGACAAGACCUUUGCUACAGAUUCGGUGGUCUCCAUUACUCGCCAGCGUGGGAAGGAUGGUCAAUUUGUUCCAGGAGAUGUGGUGAUAGUGAAGGCAACGGGUGUGGAAAAGGUGGUGGCUGAUGUGCACCAGAAGUCAUACUGGGUCGUUGGACUUGGUGGUCGACAGUUGGUGUUGGACAACAAAGUUCGGGAUGCAAAAAGGGUGGUGUAGGAGUUGUCCGUUUGGUUGAUGAUCUUGGUUGUAAUGCGUAUUGCGGGUAUCUGAUGUGUGAAGAUUGGGAUAGGAGGUUGGGGGCGGUCGUUGGCAUUUUGUUUGUUGAAAGGUUGGAGGGGGGAUGUACGGGGUCGGUGAUUAAUACUUUGUUGACGCAUUGAAAUGAUGAGUUUUGGUACUUUGCAAUACGGGUGUUUGUUCAUUUUGUUUAUGGUUGGCAAAGAGAAUCAUUUGAAGCAUU